AUGGAGGCGCUGGGAAGGGACGACGAGGUGGACGCGGGGCGGUUGAAACUGUUGGCGUCGGACGGCGGCGUGCCGGAUGACGACGGUGGACGCGCGCGGGCGAUGGUUUGGAAGGUGUGCUUGGAGUACCUGCCGAAAGAGCGCGCGCGGUGGGAGGCGACGGAACGGGCGAGACGAGAGGAGUACGGGAGGUUUUUGGAGGAGUUUUGCGCGUCGACGACGACGACGACGACGAGCGGCGCGUGGAUCGACGCGCGCAGAGGGGAUGAGUUGGCGGAGCAGAUCGAUCGAGACGUCGCGCGCGUGCAUCCGGAUAUGCAUUUCUUCAACGACGAGGGUGAGGAUGGUGAGGGAGGGCGAAGGAAGGAUGAGAUGCGAAACGCGCUGUACGUGUUCGCCAAGUUGAAUCCGGGCGUCGGGUACGUGCAGGGUAUGCACGAGAUGUAUGGAUGCAUAUAUUACGUAUUGGCGAAUUCAGCGGACGCGCACGCCGCGCCGAACGCCGCCGCGGCGGAUGCAUUUUAUUGCUUUACCGAGAUAUUCGGCGAGUUUCGCGACGUCUUCGUCAUGGAGCUCGACGCGACGGAUCAAGGCGUCCGCGCGUUGUUGGACGAGUUGAGCGAUAUGCUGGCCGUGCACGGGCCAGAGGUGCACGGACACUUGGAAGAUCUGAACCUGACGACGUCGAUGUACGCAUUUCGGUGGAUCACGCUGCUGUUCACGCAGGACUUUGAGUUCGCGGACGUCUUGCGCCUGUGGGACGUCAUGCUCGCGUCGCCGCGUUCUCGCAAAGAGUGUCUGCUACGCUUGUGCGUGGCGUGUGUGCUGAACAUCGGCUCAGAACUUAUCGACGGCGAUUUUGCGACGUGCAUGAAGAUGUUGCAAAACUACCCGCCGGUGGAUAUUCGUCGAAUCACUCGCCUCGCCGCGGCGCUUCCGUACGGCAUCGCGCGGUGA